UGCCUGCAACUGUUUCAGAAAUUUUCAUCUCCGUGCAGACGACCGUGAGAAAGCCUACCGUUCGCGGGGAAUCAGUGUCUCCUUCGCGCAUCAGGUGUAGGUAUCGGCGAGGACUACUUCUCUGCCUGACACGGCGCACGUUUGCUCGCGGCAAACAGUCGGACCAGAUGGACGGAUGAGCUUAGCCCGCAAUUGGUACUGUUUGGAUUGUAAGUACGGGAGCCGCCGCGGGGAUUAAAAGUACAAGUACGCUAGCUGCACGCCCAUGGGAAAUCAAUCUGUGCCUUGGCUUGCCGCCAGAAGCCAAUCACUGUGCCGGGAGGGGGUUUACUCACACGCACGACAGCGUACGCGUGCAGCCACGGUUUAGUAGCGAUCAAGGACGCGCGACAGCAACGUUUCAGAUGGGGUUACUACAACUGCACGCACGGACGAUGUCUCGGCUCGUGGCAACAACAAUCCUCCUCUGUUUGUGGGUCAACUCGGGGCACUGUCAGCAGAAUCCUGGCUUUGCUUCGCCCGUCGCUAGCGUGGACACGAUCGUUGGACAGCCGGCCAUCCUGCGAUGUACCGUCAAGAACAGGGGCGACGCUAGGCUUAGCUGGGUCAAGAACAGCAUCCCAGUAAGUAUGGGCAACGACAUCCUACUGGCCGACAAAAACCGCAUGUCACUCAUCAACACAGGCAGACAGUACGAUCUGCACAUCACAAAAACCGUCCUGGAAGAUGAGGGAACCUACACGUGUGUCAUCUACUUCUCAUCAGGGUACAAUUCUUCUUCAGGGGACCUGACAAUCUUGGUGCCUCCCACCGUACAGUCUAUGACCGUGAACGGCCAGGAAGUGGGACAGAAAGUAGUAGUGGAAGAGGGGACAGACACACUUUUUAACUGCACCGCCACGGGCAAGCCUGUACCGAAUGUCAUAUGGAAGAAGCUCGGCAAACACGGUAGCGUGUUCUUCCAGAAUAGCACGGUACUCAUGUCAAACGUCAGUCGCACGGCGUCGGGACGGUAUAGCUGCUUGGCUUCGAACAACGUUUCGCCAACACACAACAGAGUCGUGGAUUUUGAAGUCCACUACGUGCCAACGGUGACCCCUCGGCGGUCAGAGGUCAUGGCGGUAUUACGGGGAAGGACAUCGCUAAAAUGUGACGUGGACGCCCUGCCAGCCGCGACACAACUGGAUUGGUACAAAGAUAACCGUAAGAUCUCGCUGGGACGGAGAUACGAGUCUACCGGAGGAACGACGGGAACAUUGGUCCUGGAGCUCGCGGACGUUAGGGACGGAGACUUUGGCGAGUACAUUUGUCGCAUCAGGAACAGUGUCGCUCUGAGAGAAGCAAGCAUCACGCUCUACGAAGUGGCGACACUUCCGCCGACUACGCCGGGAUAUGCUGAACUUGACGUUGGGAGUGGUCAUCGGUUAAGUUGUACGUGUAUAACUGUGUUAUGGAUGAUCCUCGUAACUCUCAUACUUCAAUGAUAAUGUCCUCACUCAUUCAGGUAUUAUAUAGCAUAUAGUCAGGCUGGCAGAUGAGAUAGCUGUUGUGUACCAAUACACGAAUGCAAGUAUGUACUGUAUCUCUAAUAUUUGCCUAGGGGUAAGAAAUGUAAUUUAUUGUGCUGUGUACUUCUCUAAAUCUAAUGUGUGCAAAUUAUUGCCAGCCUGUAGGCUUCCAGCAACAUAGGGCUCAGAAAUGUAGAUAAGUCUUUGUAAUAAGUUAUGAUAAGGAUUUGUAUUAUGACACUGGGUGUGUGUAUAUGUGAUUGUGGCUGUAAAAUGAUAAGAACUGUGCUUGCCUGGAGCUACCUUGGGAAAAAUAACUCCAGGGGCUUCUGAAAUAGAUUUGGAGCUCAGUGUGACAGAAAUACCCUUCAAAGGAUGCUUAUCGUCAAGUCUGAUGUCUCAAUAGCCUUAGCACCAAAAGUGGUACUGAAGGACAGAAAUGAGCCGUGAUGGUAGCACUUAGCUCUGCAUGCACCACGUAAUUGACAUUGGAGUCUGAGGACUAAGCUUAGAAAGAUCCCUCCUAAAUGUCUACAUGACAGUGAAGGAAGUAUCAGAGUACAGUUUGUUAUAGUUGUCCAAUUCCAGCCUAGGAUUACUGACUUCUGCUGUGACGUGAUAUGGAAUCAUGGUGUCGGGAAGGGUUAGAAGUCUUCAGCAAGCUGUCCUUGUAGAUUUACCCUUGGAAAAUCUCUUAGCCAUUAGCUAAGAAGACUACUAGUCAGGUUAAGACUAUGAGUUUGGGCACAUGGUUGGAAUUGAAAUGUGGUGGUUGGCUGGUGGUGAAUUUCACAUUC